UCGAUAUAAACGUACUGUCAUACUCAAAUGUCAAAAACUUACACCAAUACAUUUACAAAACCACUAACAACCGUUUAGAACCAUAACAAAGAGCCAAUAUUGAGUACAACACAUUAAAUCGAUUAACGCCGUAAAAUAGGCAACUUUUUUCAAUUCGCAUAUUUAAAUUACAUUCCUAAAAAAAAUCUUAUACUUUUUUUUCGUUUCAAACGGUGAAUUAUAAAAUCAACCGAAACUGGAGUCCAUCGACGAUAUGCCGACAUCAAACGCUUUUUUAAUCAUCAAUUUAGGAUGUGAAAUGCUGUACGUUAUCGACCAACGGCUCAAAGCACAAGGUAUUUCAUUGGAAAAAUCCGCUCAAGUUUUGCGUGACUUGACGUGUGUUUUAUUCGAUCAAAAAUUGGUGGUGCAAUUGAUGAAUCCACAUCCAUGUCAGCACAUAUUGACCGUACAACAAUGUCGAAUUUUAUUGACUGAUAUCGCUUGUUGUUCAUUAAUGCGCUUGGACAUGACAUCAAUGGAUAAACUAUGGGAUUUAAUGGUAAUGCUUUUCAAAUGGCAAUUGUACACGAUUCGUGAAAAUCCACAUCGUUUGCUUGAAUUAACAUUUCGUCAUAUGGACGGUGUGGCCAAAUUGAUGCCAGAAAUGAAGAAAACAUUAUUGGUCGAUUCGACAAAGCGUUGUUUGAUUGAAUUUUGGGAUACAUGUACAUCCGAAGAAAUAGAAGGUUUAAUGGGCAAACUUUUGCUAUGGAUGCAACCGUUCAAUAUAAAAAUAUCGAUUUUAAUACGAUCCGGUUUCCAACGCAACGACGGAACUUUUGAAACAAUACCCGAUCAAUUACAAAUUGAACAUUUUCAGGAUUAUGUGGAUAAUAUCGGUGAAAAUAUUUACGCAAAAAAUGCAAGUGCUUCAAAAUUAAAAUCGCGUAAAUCGACACGUCAACAAAAUGAAAAGAAACAAAGGUCAUCAAUCAGCAAUGAACUCAGUUCGUUGGCCAAUCAAUUGAAUGUUAGCAAUGACAUUAUUCCCGAUGAGUCGAUUGGCGAAGAGGAGGCAGCAGAGCAAUCAGAGGAUCCAUCAGCCAGUGGUGGGGAUGAAGUAGUCGAAAAAUCAGACGAAACAGCAGACACUUCAAGCAAAAGUGAUUUAGUUGUUGAUGAUGUAAAUUGUUCGAUGACAACGGAAAAUAUUGAAAUCGAAAGCACCACCGAUUCAUCAUCGAAUUCAGAAUUUGUUCAUUUGAAGAAAACCACAACAGCGCUGCAAAGUUAUUUGCAACAAUUUCAAAUGGAAAAUCUUAAAUCAAACGAAGGCAGCGAAACAUUCGAUGCCACCGAAGAAUUGCUCAAAAUGUUGGAAACUGGAAAUAAUGAUGGGUAAAUGCGUCUUGUAAAUUUUUCCUUAAUCAGAGACAUACAGAAUGGUUUUUUUAAAGUCGGUUUUAUUAUUCUCUAACAAUUUAACGAAAAAAUGAUUGUGAAUAUAAAUGACAAAAAUUACUCACAAAAUCACAAAUGAAAAAAAAGAGAAAGAAAAAUGAAUAAUCAGUAUGAUUGAAUUGAUUGAAUUGCGUGCGUUGAGAUCGUUAUCGAUGAUUUUUGUCAUUCGUUGAUUUAAUUUAAGAGAAUCUGGUGAUUUUUUUAAAAAUGAAAUUUGAUAAUGGAAUUUUAGAGAAAAAUGG